AUGAGGCGGGGACGCCUUGGAGACUGCGCCUGAAUAUGUCCAAUCAGAUGAGGACUAACCAGAGAGACUGACAACCCUCCCGUCCAAUCGGCGGUUCAUUUCUGCAUUGCAUCGCAACGCCCCUCCCGCCAUGCCUAUCGGAUAAUAAAACUAGCCAAUGGGAUCUUGGAAGAUCCGGAAGCCUGCCCACCUGACUGCUGCCUUAGAAGCUCUCUGCCUGGUCCCCAAGAUGCCACAGAACCAGCACUGCCCCAUGGCCACGCUCAACCAGAUGCAUCGCCGCGGCCGCCCCAAAUGGCCCCCAGCCAGCCCCGGCCCCACGAACGGCUGUCCCCAGCUCAAGGCCGUGGUGCUGAAGACGAUGAUCCGGAAGCCCAAGAAGCCCAACUCCGCCAACCGCAAGUGUUGCCGCGUGCGCCUGAGCACGGGUCGGGAGGCCAUCUGCUUCAUCCCCGGCGAGGGCCACAGCCUGCAGGAGCACCACGUGGUCAUGGUGCAGGGAGGCCGCACCCAGGACCUGCCAGGCAUCAAGCUCAAGGUCGUGCGGGGCAAGUACGACUGUGGCCACGUGCAGAAGAAGAAGUGACAGGAGUGCUCAGGGGUGGCUGGGACGGAUGGACAGAUGUGGCGGGAGCCCAGGCGGCAAAUAGGCAAAUAAUACCGUCAUGGUGACCCUUUA